UGCGAAAGUCUUCUCCCGUCGAUUUCCGGGUGAAAGUUCAGUGGGAGAGCUAGUUUCGUUUCAACUGGUUUUAUCUAGGCGUCGAAACAGUUCUUGUAAGCGAGUUAAUAACCUAAAAGUGAACGUUAACUUUUCAUACGACAAUACUUUAAUGUCGUUUUCGUUAGUUUGUCGGCGACAAAGAGGUCAAAGACUUUGUGGAGACUUAUGCUAACAUGCUACCGAAGCUUCAAAGGCUAGCUAGUUUAUGCGGGCUGUGGGUGAGUUGUUAGCAUCGCAAGAGCUAAAAAAAAAAAAAUAGUGAAACAGUGGGUGUUUGUUACCGCCCAUGUCGUGCGCCACCGAAGCCGUGGAGUGGGUCGAGUCCACCGGGGAGGUUGUCAUCAUUGAAGGCUGUCUGCCCGCUGACAGCAUUACCACAGCAGUGAUUCCAGUGUCGGAGCCAGUGGAAUCACCCAUCCAGAAGCUGUUGGUGAAUGGAGACCAUCCAGAGGGCAACGGAGGUUUUUGUUGUGACGAGUGUCUCAGCCUCUUCCAAGACCAGGACGACUCGUCCAAGCUCGGCGGCCCGUCUUUUAUUCUCGACUUUCCUGCCAGCGUGGGCAUCCCCCAGCGGGCGCUGCUGACUCUGCCGUACGGCCUCGCGGUGGGGAGGUCCAGUAUCCCCAGCGGGGGCGUCGGGGUCAUCAACCACGGGCCGGCUCUCUCUCCUGGGAUGCAUUUCGGACCGUUUGAGGGCGAGGAGACCACCAUGGAGAACGCCAUCGGGAGUGACUUUUCUUGGGAGAUUUCCAAAGGAGAGGAUGCUUAUGAGUACAUCGAUGCCGCUACAGAGUCGGUGUCAAACUGGAUGAGGUACGUGAACUGUUCCCGCAGCAGAGACGAAGCCAACCUGCUGGCGGUCCAGUACAAAGGCAGCAUCCUGUACCACUGCUGCCGCAGCAUCCAUGCCGGGGACGAGCUGCUGGUGUGGCCCAGCGACAAGUUCCUCGGCCGUUUCAGCGCCGUGUGGACGCAAAUGUGGCAGGUGAAGCUGAAGGCCGCAGAGAGCAUCCCGCCCGUGACGUCCCAGGUCUUUGUGUGCGUCCACUGCCAGCUGACCUUCACCACCGAGGCCUUCCUCCAGCGCCACGCCGACUGCUUCAGCCACACCGAAGCAGUCGCGGUUGAAAAUCCCACCUCGGGCACGGAGAUAAGCGUCUCCGCUUCGUCCCUGUUGCUGAUACCCGCAGACCCGGUCAAGUCCAGAAGCUGCCCCACCUGCGGCAAGACCUUCAAGCAGGCGUCGCACCUGGAGAGACACGAGCGGUGCGUGCACGCCAACAAGCGACCUUACUGCUGCACGCUGUGCCGCCGAAGCUUCACCCAGGCUUCCGGUCUGACCCGGCACCAGCUGGUCCACAGGAAGCGCGACGGGUUGAUUGCGGGGAACGUGUCGGAAAAGCAGCAGGACUGCUCUGCUUCCACGCCGGAAGAGUCCAACACAUCAGCGGGCCAACUGACUGAACCAAAGGAGGCAAGCGAGGAGGCCACGGAAGCGCCAGCAGAUGAAGGGGAACACACGGAACCACAAGAGGUGGAGCGCAAGCCCAGCGGCUGUCCGGAGUGCGGAAAGAGCUUCCAGACCGAGAUGGCCCUCAAGAAGCACAAGCUGCUGGUCCACAAGCCGCGUCCGCACGUGUGCAGGGUCUGCCAGCGGGUCUUCAGCAAGUACUGUGACCUGCACCGCCACCUGCAGCACCACCGGAGGCAGCGGGAAGGCAGCCGGAGACCACGGCGGCUUCCGAGGGCGACUCCCAGCAUGCCCUUCAGCUGUGCCAUGUGCUCGCUGACCUUCUCCAGCGUGGACCUCCUGCAGCAGCACAUUGACAGCAGUCACUUGGAGGACAGACGAGACGUGGAGAACGAUCCCGAUUUCGUCCCUGAGUCCUCCGUGGCGAUCGAGGGCGUCAAAAAGUGUCAAAGGCCCCGGCGGCAUGGCUCCGCCUCCAAAAUAUCUGCCAUAACUCAGCUUAUUGCGCCGAAGCGAAAAGCACGCAAGAAGACCACGGCGGAAGACGCCGAGGCGGAGAAGCUGACAAAGUGGUUCAGCUGCAAUUGCUGCAAACAAACCUACGCCCACCCGGACGACCUGCGGGCGCACACGUGCGCCGAGAGGCCCCACAUCUGCCCCCACUGCGGGCUGACCUUCCGCAAGCCGGGCUUCCUGAGGAGACACGAGCAGACCGUCCACAGGAGCGCCGUGUCCCACCGAUGCGAGCGCUGCGACAAGGUCUUCACCGCGGCCGCCACCCUGGAGAAGCACCAGCGGACUCACGUGUGCAGGAAGUACCACUGCUCCUCCAAGCUCUUCUCCUGCUCCCACUGCCCAUUCUCCUUCACCGCCAAGAGCUACCUGGCCAAGCACAUCCGGAGGCACCACCCCAUGGAGUACCUGGCCCUCCCCGAGUCCGACGACCUGACGGAGCAGCUGGAGGACGGCCAGGACGCCAAGGAGCUGACGUGCCCGCACUGCGGAAAGCACUACGUCAGCGCCGGGGCCUUCAAAAACCACGCGUGCUUCCAGCAGGUCAAGGUGCUCUACUUGUGCACCGACUGCGGGAAGGGCUUUGCCAACCACUACCGCCUCAAGCAGCACCAGCGCACGCACACGGGCGAGCGGCCCUACGCCUGCCCGCACUGCGACAAGAGCUUCGCCACCUCGGGCCAGCUCACCGUGCACCUGCGCACGCACACGGGCGAGCGCCCGUACCUGUGCACCAACUGCGGCGAGCGCUUCCGCCAGUCGGGCGACCUGAAGCGGCACGAGAGGAAGCACACGGGCGUCAAGCUGCACGCCUGCGACGAGUGCUGCAAGAGCUUCAGCCGCCCGCAGAGCCUCAAAGUUCACAAGAUGCUGCACAAGGGACAGCGCAUGUUCUCCUGCGGCCAGUGCGGGAAGAGCUUCUCCAGGAACUACCACCUCAGGAGGCACCACCAGAAGAUGCACUCGGACACACUCAAUCAUUUAACUUAACACUCAAUAGUUUUAGAAGUGAGUUGAGACUUGAACGGUGCUGCCGCCCCUCGGCUCCGUGCAUGUACACAAAAGCGGUCUGUCGGGAUUGUCGUGCGCUUCACGUCAUAGCUAACGUUAACAUUAGCAGCCAAACUUUGCCAAAUCACCAGCUGACACCAAACAUUACUAAUGUGUGUGCCUGCACCUUUAAGUCCACGCGAUUGCAUCAUGGCUACGACAUGUCAAUAAAAACAAGCAGACUGCCAUCACUGUUGACCAUUUAAUCCACAAAACAUACAAUGCAAAGCAUGUGCACUGUACAAGCCUUAUGUUAUUAUCAUCGUUAUUAUUAUUAUUAUCACAACCAUGCCUGUUUUUGUUUUUUUUUUCAAUUGACUCAUCUUUUAAUACGACAAUAUGUUUUUGUCCUUCUUGGCUCACCUAUGACGUUGAAAUAGAAGAAACUGAGCUCGGCUGUGCGUUCAAUUCAGGCAGUGUGUUUUGUGUUUUUUUUUUCCUCCCCCCCCCACCCCCCACGCCCCCUGUGGGCUGUGCAGCAGCUGCUGGUUCCAGACUUUUAGAACGUCCUCUGCUGGUACUGGACCGGGUCCAGUCCUGUCCUGUCCCUCCAUAGUCAGUAGUCUUGAAGAGUCUCACGAUGACUUUUCAAUAAUGAGUCUAUGUGUAAAAAAUAAUAAUACACAAAAACACUUCUGAAAGGUAGGCAGCAGGUGGUUGCCGUGGUUACGUGAAGGUUAUCCAUCCCAGCCAAGCACCUCAGUGUUUACAUCUCACAUCAAAUAUACAACCCCGCAAUCUAAUCCAAUUAGACUUUAGGUUCCGUUAAAUGUUAUAUUAAAACUCUUUUACAAAGCAAACUGGUUGUUAAUCCACACUGAAUCACGUCUGUACAAGCUGGAAAAGGUCACAAAACUAGAAAGAGAUCCAAGAGGGGAGGUUUUGGGUUUUUUUUGGCAAUUUAAAAUGAAAAAAAAAAAAAAAGACAAAUUCGGGGUUAAAUACUCUCCAAGUUGUAAAAGUUCAGAGUUCCCUCACCUUUCGGUAAGAAAAACUGAAAAGUGACGGAUUAAAACACGGAGGCGGGACACGUGGAGGAUGCUGCCAGAUACCCUGCUGCUCCUUGUGCUCUCCUUUCUUCCUCCUGGGAGCUCCUCCCCCUCACGGACGUGACGGACUCAAGGCUCUUAUAAAGGUUCCGAUUUCAGCUCUUCCACCUGGCAUUCCAGGUCAGCCACCUGCAGCGGAGCAAGAGGAACGUCAUAUUUAUUUAUUGAUAUAUCAGGAUUUAUUAUA